AUGGCUGGCAACUGGGGGGCAGUGACCCGGACCCUGCUCCUCCUCCUCCUCCUCCUUGCACCUGGCUGGGUAGAACCGCAGGCCUGCACGUAUCCAUGCCAGUGUCCCUCCCAGCCUCUGCAGUGCCCCGCUGGCACCAGCCAGGUGUUGGAUGCCUGUGGUUGCUGCAAGGUGUGUGCCAGGCAGCUUGGCGAGCUCUGUUCCCUGCAGAAACCCUGCGAUCAUCACAAGGGACUCUACUGCGACUUCUCCAGAAUCCACAGAGGCAGCGGGAUCUGCUUAGCUCACGAAGGCGCGACUUGUGACCUGCUGGGCAAGAUCUACCACAACGGGGAGAGCUUCCAGCCCACCUGCAAGCUGCAGUGCAUCUGCAUGGACGGGGCCAUCGGCUGCAUCCCCCUCUGCUCCGACGACCUGCGGCUGCCGUCCCCGGAGUGCCCCAACCCCCGGCGGGUGAAGUUUCGCAAUAAGUGCUGCGAAGAGUGGGUCUGCGAGGAGGGCAGCGAGGAAAACCGCUUCGAAACAGCCAUGGCGGUUUUCAGGGAGGAUCCGGCACACAAACCGGAGCUGAACACCCUGCAGGAGAACUGCUUGGUGCAGACCACCGAGUGGAGCGCUUGCUCCAAGACCUGCGGCAUGGGCAUCUCUGCCCGAGUCACCAACGACAACCCCCAGUGCCGCCUGGAGAAGGAGACCCGGCUCUGCAUGGUCCGGCCCUGCGACUUCCCCGGGGAGAAAACCAAGAAGGGGAAGAAGUGUGUGCGGACCCCAAAGCCGCGCCAGAGCCUCCACUUCGAGUUUUCGGGCUCCACCAGCACCCGUUCCUACCGGCCCAAGUUCUGCGGCAGCUGCACGGACGGCCGCUGCUGCACCCCGUACGUCACCAGCACCGUGGAGGUGGAGUUCCGCUGCCCCGAGGGGGACUUCUUCCAGCGGAAGAUGAUGUUCAUCAAGAUGUGCUCCUGCCACUACGACUGCCCCCGAGACAACGACAUCUUCCUGGCCACCUAUCACAGGAGGAUGAUUGGAGACCACGUCAAGACCGAGAGGCAGUAA